AUGGGGAGGAGCGUAUCUCGGUCGCCGUCGUACCGGAGGAGACACUCGCCGUCCCCGGACCAUCGACGUAGCAGUCGAAGAAGCAAAAGGGGCAGAACCAGUCGUUCUCCUCGUUCCAGGCGCAGAAGCCCUUCGGACUCCCCAAAAAGACGCAGAAGCCGCUCACCAAGUCGCAAACGCCAUAAAAGUCGAUCUCCUACACAAAGGAGGCGUAGAAGACAUCGUAGUAGGAGUGAAUCGUCUUCUCCUUCCAAGUCUUCUUCCUCGAGUUAUGAACGCAGCAUCAUUGCCAAGGAAAAACUGAAGAAAGAAGAGCUGGAAAAGAAGAGGCGUGAACAAGAGGCAGAACUGAAGCGGCUGGAGGAAGAGACAGCGAGAAGAAUAGAGGAGACGGUGCGGAAAAAUGUAGAGGAAAAUCUGAACUCAGAGGAAGUGAAGCUAGAGAUAGAGAGGAGGAUAGAAGAAGGUAAGAAGAAGCUAUUCGACGGUGUUGUUGCCCAACUGGAAAAGGAAAAACAAGCUGCUCUUGCUGAAGCCAGACAUAAAGAGGAACAAGCUCGGAGAGAGAGGGAAGAGCUUGACAAGAUGCUGGAAGAGAACAAGAGGAGGGUGGAGGAAGCACAGAGAAGAGAAGCUCUAGAGCAGCAAAAGAAGGACGAGGAACGGUUCAGGGAGUUGCAGCUGUUGCAGCGGCAGAAGGAAGAGGCAAUGCAUAGGAAGAAGCUCGAAGAGGAAGAAGAGCGCGCGAAGGCACAUUCGCUGUUGGGCAAUCAUCAUCAUAACAAUAAUAGAGAUCAGAAACCUCGUCAGUCUUUGGGAUUUGGUUCAUGA